CAGGCUCCCCCCCGGCCCCGGAGCCGGCACGGUGCCGUCCUGCGGGACUUUGCUCUCAGUUUUCCCGGCUGGAAUCUCAAUUUCCCCGGCUGGAAUGGGAAGCACCGGGGUGCCGUGCUGGGCAGGACAGGGCUGGGAGGGGGCCGGAUGGAGCCCUCCCCGCCGCUCCCACCCCCGCUCAGCCGGGAUGUCCUGUUUGCCGGGGCGGCGGGGACGCGGCGGCUCGGCUCGGUUUAGCUGGGCUCGGCUCGGUUUAGCUCGGCUCGGCUCGGUUUAGCUGGGCUCGGCACAGCUGUACCAUGGACUGCCUGCAGGAAGGUCUCUCGCCGCCCCUGGACAGUGCUGGGUGGCCGAGGAGGGCGUGAAGGAGGCUGCGGGUCAUGCUGAUACUUUAUUCGGCGUUUAAUCCACGGGCUCCAAUGAACAAAGCCGGGAUUAACAGCUCCUGCCAUGAAAUCGAAGCCAAGAAAGCGUGUGAGUGGCUCCGGGCAGCGGGAUUCCCCCAGUAUGCCCAGCUGUACGAAGAGUCAUCAUUCCCUCUUGACAUCAGUGCUGUGAAGAAGGACCACAGCUUCCUGGACCAGGAUUCCCUCAAAUCCCUGUGCAGGAGGCUGAUGACCCUGAACACUUGUGCCUCCAUGAAGCUGGAUGUUCACUUUCAGCGUAAACAGAAUGAAGACUCUGAGGAGGAAGAGCAGUGUGCCAUCAGCAGCCGCUGGGCUUUCCAGAGGGACAGCAAGAGGUGGUCCCGGGUGGGCUCCGCCGACGUGCUGUCGCAGGGCUCGGAGGCGCUGAGCUGCAGCAUGCGCCCCGUGUCCAGCCGCGAGAGCGUCCUCACCGAGCUCAGCACCAACCCCGAGGCCACGUCCCUGCACAGCACGGGCAGCGUGGGCAGCGUGGGUGGCACGGGCACGCUGGGCACCGCGGCCAUGCCAUCCCCGCUGCGUGCCGCUGCCAACGCCUCCAGCUGCAGCCAGAGCGAGGGCUCGGCGCCCGAGCAGCCCUCGGGCCACGGAGAGGGCUCCAAGGAGAGGCUGAAGAAGCGACGCUCUCGCAGCUUCCUGAAGCGCAUCGAGUCCCUGCGCAGGAGGGACAAGGAGAAACCCAGCCCAGACAGGAGGGUGGCUCCGCACAGCAGCGCCACUCUCCCACCGGGAUGGGGCUCUCUGAACAGUAACGGGGACCUUGCGGCCACCAGGACCAGCUCCUCUAAAAGAGGGAUCCCUGCCUCUUUCCACAGCAAAAAACACUUCUCGGUAUCGUACAGGACUAACCGCCUGCUCGGCCCCCGGGGCACCAAGGGGAGCUCUGACCCCAAGCGCAGCGGACUCUACCUGGAGGAUUACGACACAGCCGCUGCUGCCGAGCGCCAGCGCCGGGCUCGCCACGGCGACUGCCUGGUCUAUAUCCCCUGUGACCACAAGCCUGGCACCUUCCCCAGGUCCCUGUCCAUCGAGAGCUUGUGUCCCCUGACCGGCAGCUCCCUGGGCCGCUGGAGCGAGGAGGGAGUGGGGCUGGGCGGGGGCGGCAGCAGCAGCAGCGUGGAGGGCUCCUCCUCGCCCAGGGGCUUCGCCCGCCGGCGCCGGGGCUCCUGCAGCUCCCUGGGCAGCCGCGUCAGCGUCUACGACAACGUGCCGGAGUUCGGCAGCAGCGAGGAUUUCUGCAAGGACGGGGAGGUCACCUUCGAGAACCUCGACGACAUCCUGCAGCACAUGUGGGGGCUGCAGCAGAAGGUGGAGCUCUGGUGUAAAGCCGUCUCGCCUGGCCUGGAUGGGGAGGAAGGGGGCGAGGAGGAGGAGGAUGAGGAGGAGUCGGACUCGGGAGGGGAACCCUCCAACCUGCGUUUCGAAGAGAGGUCCAUGUCGGAUGUUGGCACCUCUGCCAGUGACUUUGAUAGCACUGGGAAUUCCCUCAACGAGGCUGAAGAGAUGGAGACACGGGAGCGCCGGGAUUCGGGGGUGGGAGCAUCACUCACAAGACCCUGCAGAAAGCUGCGUUGGCACAGCUUCCAGAACUCGCACCGGCCCAGCCUGAACUCGGCCUCGCUGGAGAUCAACCGCCAGUCAUCGGCCCAGCUCAACCUGCUGCAGAAGUGCUCCCUGCUCCGGCUCACGGCCAUCAUGGAGAAGUACUCUGUGCCCCACAAGCAGGCCUGGACGUGGACUGUCCCCAAGUUCAUGAAGCGGAGCAAAGUCCCUGACUAUCGGGACAAGAUGGUUUUUGGGGUGCCCCCCAUUGUCAACGUGCAGCGGACGGGGCAGCCCCUGCCCCAGAGCAUCCAGCAGGCCAUGCGCUACUUGCGCAGCCAGUGCCUGGACCAGGUCGGCAUUUUCCGUAAAUCCGGGGUGAAAUCCCGGAUCCAGGCGCUGCGGCUCAUGAACGAGACCAGCCCCGACAACGUCAACUACUCGGGGCAGUCUGCGUACGACGUGGCCGACCUGCUGAAGCAAUACUUCCGCGACCUGCCCGAGCCCAUCUUCACCAGCAAGCUCACCGACACCUUCCUGCAGAUCUACCAGUUCGUGUCCAAGGAGCAGCGGCUGCAGGCGGUGCAGGCUGCCGUCAUCCUCAUGCCCGAUGAGAACCGCGAGGUGCUGCAGACCCUGCUCUACUUCCUGAGCGACAUCGCCUCGGCUGAGGAGAACCAGAUGACAGCUGGCAACCUGGCUGUGUGCCUGGCCCCCUCCAUCUUCCACCUCAACGUGUCCAAGAAGGAAAGCACGUCGCCCAGGGCCAUACACAAGAGGGGCACCGUGGGGAAGCCGGACCAGAAGGACCUCAAUGAGAACAUGGCUGCGACGCAGGGGCUCUCCCACAUGAUCACCGACUGCAAGAAGCUCUUCCAGGUCUCCCAUGACAUUUUGCUGCAGCUGAGCAGCUCCUAUAUGGCUGCAGACGCUUAUCCCCACCCUCUGGCUGACUUGGUGUGCCAGGGGGAGAGCAAGGAUUUACACUCCUACUUUGAGCAGAGUGUCCAGAACCUGCUCAAAGAGUCGUCAGAGAAAUUCAAGGGGUGGCUGAGCACGCCAGGGCCCCUGAACACGGAGCUGUCCUGCAAAAAGGUUGGGGACGGGCACCCUCUGCGCCUCUGGAAGGUCUCCACGGACGUUGAGGCCCCUCCCGCCGCGGUGCUGCACCGGCUGCUGCGGGAGCGUCACCUGUGGGACGAGGACCUGCUGCAGAGCCGGGUGGUGGAGGCGCUGGACAAGGACAUGGAGCUGUACCACUACGUGAUGGACAGCAUGGCGCCGCACCCGCGCCGGGACUGCAUGGUGCUCCGGCGCUGGCGCACGGACCUGCCGCGGGGAGCCUGCCUGCUCAGCUCGCUCUCGGUGGAGCACGACAAGGUGCCCGUGGAGGGAGGGGUCAAGGCCAUCGUGCUGACAUCGCAGUACCUCAUCGAGCCCGGCGCCAUGGGCCGCUCACGGGUCACCCACAUCUGCAGGGCUGACCUCAGGGGCCGUUCUCCUGAGUGGUACAACAGGGUUUUUGGCCACCUCUGUGCCAUGGAGCUGGCGAGGAUCCGAGACUCCUUCCCAGCCCUGAGUCCCAACGGCCCCGAGACGAAGAUUUGAGGCGCCAGGAAGAUGCUGUGUCCUUUCAGACGUGGCCUUGCCAUGGAUCCGGACUGGGGCUCUCAGCAGGAAGCACGGUGUGCUGCAGUGCCCGUGGAGGGGGAGACAGAGGCACAUAUUUAUAAACAUCCUUUCAGCCCGGGCUGGGCAGUCCCGUCCCUGAGUGCUGCGGGGCAGGGAGGCCACAGAGCCGUGGUGUCCAGCAGGAGAGGGAGAGAGUGGCCGUGGGGUGACCCCUGAAGGCAGGCUGUGGCAGGAGCUGGGGCCCCCACACAAGCCAGGAGCAACAGCAGGGGUGAAGGAGCGUGGGGCGAGGCAGGAGGAGCGAGCGGGGACAAUGGGGUCGGGAUGUGAGGGUGGGCAGAGAGGGGGGUUGUGUGUGUGGUGUCACCCGUGGGGACAGCCAGGGGGUCACUGUGAGGGAGUGGGAGAGGCUGCUGUUCUGGGAGGAGGGGGCUGCCUAUAGAUACUAUGGAUACUAUAGAUAUCUCAAGUGCCAGCCCCUGUGGAGGGGCAGAUGGAGCCUGGUGCAGCAUUGGUGCUGAAUUCAUGGAAGAAGCAGCCCUGUACUCCUGUGCCUUGCUGCUCCUUGGCUAAAAGCCUCUCUCUGCACCGGGUGUCCCUGAGAGGAGGGGUGGAUGGACCAGUUCUGAGCCAAGGCCAUCCCUCAACCAGCCCACCCAUUAUGGCACGGGGCAGGACAUUGCUGGAGCCCUGGAGCAGCUGCACCUGAGUGGGAAGGGGCAAUGCCUGAGGUGGAGAGACACUCCCCAGACCAGCUCCCCCUUUGUGCUGCCCUCUGUGUUGAGGGAGGAGGGGCAGUAUUUUGGGAUUCACCCCUCUUGGGCAGCUACACAUGGCCCAUGCCCACCUACUCCCUGCAGAGACAUCGUUCCCCUUUCCACCCCUUCCUUCCCUCCAUGAAGGAACUGUUCACUGGAGCUGUCAGCAUCCAGAAGAUGACCUGGUUUCUCCAUUCAGGCAGGGACCCAAAUUCCCAGAUGUUGUUCCAACUGGAAGGCAACACAACCCAUGAUCUGGGGACCCCCAGUGUCAGUUUGGCCAUAAGUGUCUGUCUGUCUGUCUUUUAGUAAAAAGAAUGCACAAAUUG